GCCGCUUUGGGAACGUAGGGCAGAUAGCCAUAUUAUACCGUACCAUCAAAAAACGACAAGAUAAGUGCGUAAAGCUUGAUGAAGCAUCUCCUGAUGUCCUUUUGACCUUGGGUCUCCAAGGUCUUCCUAUUUGGCACAUUUUGACACCCAAAGCUGCGAGAGUUUGUUCAUGUUCGUGUGAAGAUGAGCAUCCAUCAAUCACCCAUCAAUCAUAAUUGAUCAUCCCAAGAGCAUUCCCAAGGCAUUUCAGGAUGCAACAUCGACAACACAACCCAUUGGGCACAGGGGUUGCUAAGGAAUGCUCGAUGACCAACCCACUCACCUGCUGGUCGGGAAAAUCUGCUCGUCCACGGUGUGGCCCUUGUGGCUCAAGAACAUCGAGACCCAAAAAAGCAGAUUCUGCCCAAGUUCGGUGUUUGCAAAUGGCGGAAGCUGGUGAGGCUGAUAAAGAGCUGGAGGUGCCUAAAGAUGGCACCAUGGAUUUGAUUGCCUGCCUGGACGCGCUGCCCACCAGCGAGUUGACUUCGUUGGAGUCCAUCACCAGCAAGGUGGCGGGUUUGUUUGGAUGCCUAUGCAGUGGGGGAUCAGGUGAAAACCUUGGCCUGCGGAUGUGUUUUCCAUGGCGGCUGCAUGGAGCAGUGGGGGCAGGCCAACGAUGGCUGCCAACAGUGUGGUAAACCCUGGCGCCCUGCAGUGAGUGCGCACCAUCGCACCAUGGCAUCCGACCAGUGCACCAACCGGCUGUCGGAGUGACCGACACCCACGUCAGAGGCAAGCGCAGAAGGUGAAGGACAAGAUUCUGGAGGGCUUAGAUGCAACACAUGCUUUAAGCUUCCUCCUCAUUCUCGCGAGAGCCUCUAGCCCAUGUCCGCCCACGUCCCAUCCCAGGCGUGUAGCGCCAGCUCUCCCCUCAUGUGCCAUCGGAGUCUAGAAUUCUUGGG